UUAAGCCAUUUCAGUUGCCAGUUAUUACGGCAGUUGUCAGUCAUAUGCGGUGUGGAAAUAGAUAAGGCUUAUCUCUGUCGCUGUGACUGGUGGAGAUAUUCGGUUUGACCGAUGCCAUUAGAUGCUGAGUUUUCUGAGGUGCUUCAGCUGUGUCCUAUAUUGCACGGACUGAGAUGACCCAGAUCCGUGUGCACGGCGACUGCCCAUAAACGAAUUAACUGUCUCUCUUCUGUUUCUUAUCUUCUCUCCCAUGUCCCUUUUCUUCCACUCGCUCUGUUGCUCCUUAAGGGGAAAUCCACUCAGAAAUGGUCGUUAAGCAUCAUUUGAGGCAUUUUGCAUCAUCACGAGGAUGGUGCAAGUGAGAAUUUGAUUUUCGAAAGUCCUAUAUCUUGAAAAUGUGAUUUCUGACAUGCAAAACACUUUGGGAAUUUAUCAACAGUGGACAAAUAUAUUUUGGGUUGGAUUUGUGCUUCAACGCACCUCUCUCUCUCUUUCUCUUUAUUUCCCUCCCUCACGCAAUUCCCACCCAUACCUGUGUUGUGUGCCUCUUGCGCCGGCUGGGCGUGCAGCCUGGUGAAGGAAGGGUGAUGGGGAUGCGGCUGCCAUGGUAACACGCCGAUUAGAUUCAGACCUUUGUGUGUAUUUAUUUAUUUAAUAUUUCAGUUGCGUGCGUGCGUGCGUGCGUGCAUGAGAGGUGACGGGCGUUAUGGAAGUCAGCCUGCAAUCGGAAUCAGACUAUUAAGACUGGUGUCGCGUUCAUUUUGAGUUAUGAUUGGCCAUAGAAUUGCCUAUUUAAAUAUUUGGCUAUACCUUCUCAAGCUCAACAAGUUAUUCCGGUUGGAACAGGACUUCAUGGAUAUAAUUCAUUCAAGUGCACUUAAUUUCCUUGCAUGGUUUAAUUCAUCAAGAUUCGUUAAAAACAUGUAAAUGAAACGAAGGUUUUGUUAAUCGUAAAUUAAUAGGAUGGGCUCCAAAGAUGUCGCUGUAACGGUCCAAGGAUGUCAUUGGGACUGACUGGAGAAGUGGAAGAGGAGGGGAAACGCGUCUGAAAUAGCAGAACAUUUAUCCGGGCGGAUUUGGAGACGUCACAUAUUCUGCACUUGCUCAGGUUGUCUGUUCUGUUUGUGUGUUUCCGAACUGAAUUCCGAAAAUAACCCUAAUGCUGACGCUAACAGCUUGUCUUGUUUUACGUGCCCGGACAAAGGGAAUAUUAUCGGGUGUUAGGCGAGUGUGGACUACAUUGGGGGUACGACCACUUGCAUAUGUACUCUUGCUUAUUUUCGUGUCUUUGUGUGUGUAUCUUUGUCUGUGUUUGAAAGCGUGUUUCAGUAUAAAUCAGUGCGUGGGUGAGUCAGACUUUGUGCAAGUGUCUGUCUGUGUGUGUCUCGUGCCCGUUUGUGUCCGUUAAAACAAACCGAUCCGUGCUUAUGAGGCUCACGUGUACUUAUCAUUCAUAGGUAGCCAACCGCCCAAAACUACCACCUCUCAUCCACUGUCAAGAUGAACUCUUACAGAAUACUACCAUGUGUCGAUGAGAGCAAGAGGGAGACAUAUCCUUGACAACCAGAGAGGGAGGGUCAAAGAGCGACCUGCGUCAUUAUCCCUGAGAGAGAGACCAGGAAUCACGUGCCAAUAUGCCUGGUGUCGAAACGCUGAGGGCAGCAAUAGAAAGGAGAAGGUGGGCCUCAGGCCAGGAGAAGAAGGGAGGAUGGAGAGAUCUCGAUGAAGAAAAGCGAGCUGGGGAAAUGAGAAGAUAAGAGAAAGCACUGCCAUCAUAAUUUUGGAGUGACAAAUCUAUUUGUGGCAAACUCCCAGAGGUGGGGCAAACUCCCAGAGGUGGGGCAAACUCCCAGAGGUGGGGUUAGGAUGCACAGAUCAGUGGAGAGGAGACAGAUCACUACAAGCCAUUGGAGAUUAUAAAAAGUUGAGGUCAACUAUUUAAUCACCACCUUUCUCUUUCCCCAGACAGUCUUAGGUAGUAGCCUUUUAUUAGGCUCCUAGUUGAACAUUGACAGGACAUAUUGUCCCAUUUUGACAAUCUGUUUCCAGAGUGAGAGUGACAGGUUAUAUUGAUCUCCCUUUGCCCCCCUUCUCCCUGGUUAGGGGAUGGAUGGGGUGGCGGGAGGUGUUGGGCCCCCUGGCGGGAGUGAGGGUCGGCCGGGUCGUAGUGGAGGAGACUCUAAGAGGCGCAGUAAGGGCAGCCUGCCCUCCCCAGGGUAUCGCCUCUCCCAGGCAUCUCUGGAGGGUGACAGGUCAGGGGUCGAGGGGUCCGGUUCCGGAGGGGGGCGACGGCGCCUCUCCAUCUUGAGUGCCACCCGAGACGGCCUCCCCUUCCAUUCAGCGGGCACCCCGACCACCCCUGUCCCCCUGCCCCCUCCUCCAGCCCCCUUCUCCUCCGCCCAGCAGCGUUCUGUUGGCUUUUCCUCGUCACGCGCUGCCCUUGCCUCCACUUCCUCCUCCACCGGCACCGGAGUGGUCGUCGUAGCGUUGGGCCCGGAAACCACGACAACCACGGCUUGUAACACCGUGGCGGGCACACCGGAGAUGGGGAGUCUGUCUGGGACGGGGGGCAUGGGGGGGUUUGGGAUGGGUCUGGACGGGGAGGACUACAGCUACUCCAACCAGUCCACCUUCAUCCAGAGACAGUUUGGAGCCAUGCUGCAGCCGGGGGUCAACAAGUUCAGCCUGCGCAUGUUUGGGUCCCACAAGGCCGUGGCCAUGGAGCAGGAGAGACUCAAAUCAGCAGGGGAGUGGAUCAUACACCCCUACAGCGACUUCAGGUUCUACUGGGAUCUGAUCAUGUUGUGUCUGAUGAUGGGGAACCUGAUCAUUCUGCCAGUAGGAAUCACCUUCUUUAAGGAUGAGAACACUCCUCCCUGGAUCAUCUUCAACGUGGUCUCUGAUACUCUCUUCCUGGUUGACCUGGUCCUCAACUUCAGGACCGGUAUCGUCAAGGAGGACAGCACCGAGAUACUGCUAGACCCCAAGGCUAUCCGUCAGCGCUACCUAAAGAGCUGGUUUGCGGUGGACUUUGUGUCGUCCAUCCCUGUGGACUACAUCUUCCUGAUGGUGGACUUGGAGGCCCGGCUGGACUCAGAGGUUUACAGGACGGCCAGGGCCCUCCGCAUCGUACGCUUCACCAAGAUCCUCAGCCUGCUACGCCUGCUGCGCCUGUCACGACUCAUACGCUACAUCCACCAGUGGGAGGAGAUCUUCCAUAUGACCUAUGACCUGGCCAGUGCCAUGGUGAGGAUAGUCAACCUGAUAGGCAUGAUGCUGCUGCUGUGCCACUGGGACGGAUGUCUACAGUUCCUGGUUCCCAUGCUGCAGGACUUCCCCCUGGACUGCUGGGUCUCCAAGAAUAACAUGGUGAAUGACACGUGGGGGAUCCAGUACUCCUAUGCCCUGUUCAAGGCGAUGAGCCACAUGUUGUGUAUUGGCUACGGUGCCCAGGCUCCAGAGGGCAUGACAGACGUGUGGCUCACCAUGCUCAGUAUGAUCAUUGGUGCCACCUGCUAUGCCAUGUUCAUCGGCCAUGCUACCGCUCUCAUACAGUCCCUGGACUCCUCACGACGACAGUACCAGGAGAAAUAUAAGCAGGUGGAACAGUACAUGUCGUUCCAUAAGCUCCCUGCAGAUGUCCGUCAGAGGAUUCAUGAGUACUACGAGCAUCGCUUCCAGGGCAAGAUGUUUGACGAGGAGAACAUACUGGGUGAACUCAGCGAACCACUAAAGGAGGCGAUAGUUAGCUUUAACUGCCGUAGCCUAGUGGCUCACAUGCCGCUGUUUGCUAACGCGGACCCUAACUUUGUGACGGCAGUGUUGACCAAGCUUCGCUUCGAGGUGUUCCAGCCCAAUGACUUCAUCAUCCGUGAGGGCACAGUGGGACGCAAGAUGUACUUCAUUCAACACGGACGAGUCGGCAUACUCACCCGCGGAAACAGGGAGACCAAACUCAGUGACGGGUCCUACUUUGGGGAGAUCUGUCUGUUGACUCGGGGCCGGAGGACGGCGAGCGUCAGAGCGGAUACGUACUGUCGUCUCUACUCCCUCAGUGUGGACAGCUUCAACGAGGUCCUGGAGGAACACCCCAUGAUGAGGCGGGCCUUCGAGACGGUGGCCGUCGACCGGUUGGACCGCAUCGGUAGGAAGAACUCUAUCCUGAUGAGAAAGCCUUCCCAGGCGAGUUCCAUGGCGGGGGGCAGCGGUUUUGGGCGUGGGGGUCAAGGAGGAGGGGGGGCGGGGCUAGGCAUGGGGGGGCUGGGCUUCUGUGACAGCAUGCUGGUUCAGCAGACCGUUAAACACGACAGCAUGCCAGCCAUGCAGGAGGCCAUCGCUGCUGCAGGAAGGGGAGGGGCCACUGGAGGAAGUGGUACGGUCUCUCCUAGGCCCCACCCACUGAUCUGGGCUCCACUGAUCCACGCUCCGCUCCAGACGGCGGCCGCUACGACUAACGUGGCCAUCGCCCUCAUGCACCAGCAGCAACAGCAACAGCAGCUUCAACAUCAGCUACAGCAGCAACAUGCGCUAGGGGGCACUAUAUUCCUCCCCUCCAUCUCUCCAUCGCCCUCCGUCUCCUUCCCCCUCUCCCCCCCGCGGCCCCCUGUCCUGCAGCCCCUGCGCCCCUCUGUGAGUUCCCUCAUUGGGAUGAUGGGGGUAGGAGGGAUGGGGGGGCUGUCCCCUAGAGGGGGGUUUCCUGCCUUCCCCUCCACCUCGCCCUUCCCCAUGGCCCCCCCGGGAGGUGUGAUAUCACCCCUUGUUGCUCAAACCCCACCCACACCGGCCUCCUCUGUCUCCACGUCGGUCCAAUUAGGAAAGACCCUGCACUACAGUCUCCGCCUCCACCCGGAACACUCUUCAGUGAUGGGUGGAACCCCAGGAAUCCCCAAGGUAGGAGGAGCCACCACACCCCAUCUGUUCUACCACAUGAAUCCAACUGCAGCCACCAGUGUCAUGUCAGACACUUGCAGUUCCAUGGCUGGCCAGCAUGGGGCCAAGGAGGCGCUAUUGCGUCACGGAGGCAGCAGCAACCAGGGCCUGCCUGCACUCGGGAGGCUCACCCAGGAGGCCAGGCUCCUCUCCGCCUCGCAGCCCACCCUGCCUCAUCGAUCCUGGGCAAGCAUGCAGCCUCACCCCCCUCUCCAGCGGAAGACCUCUGGAGGUAACCUGCUGCCAGCCUCGUUCCUGGCUGGGACGCAGCUAGCCAGGGGUGGCAGUGUGGGGGUGUUGACUACUCCCCUACCAGUACAAGUCCCAGCACAACGGUUACAGAUGCCCCCCUUCAAUGCACAGAUACAAGCACAGAACCUGGGCUCUAUACAGCCCCUCCCUGAUCCUGCCUCUACACACUGCCCUGCACACACACACACAGCCACACACACACAUCCCGUCGCUGUACCUGCAGCCACACCCACAUCAGCUUCUCCCCUGGCCUCCUACACUUCCUCCCGCAAACAAACCCCUCUCUCCUCUGCCACCCCCUCCCCUGCUCCCACUCCUUUCUCCCUCAUCCCAGCCCUGCCACUGACCCCUCGCCCCAAACCCACCCCUACACCCCCAUCUCGCUCCUCCUCUCCUCCCCCCUGCUCCAUCCCUCCCUCUUUCGGAACUACUCCACUCUCCUUAACUUCUCGCUCCAAACCCAUCCCUACACCUCCCCCGUGCUCUUCUUCCCCCUCUCCCUCCUCCACUCCCCCUCCCUUCUCUGUAACCACCUCUUUCCCCCUCACCUCAACCCCUCGGUCCAAACCCAUCCCUACAUCUCCCCCGUGCUCUUCUUCCCCCUCUCCCUCCUCCACUCCCCCUCCCUUCUCUGUAACCACCUCUUUCCCCCUCACCUCAACCCCUCGGUCCAAACCCAUCCCUACAUCUCCCCCUCGCUCUUCUUCCCCCUCUCCCUCCUCCACUCCCCCUCCCUUCUCUGUAACCACCUCUUUCCCCCUCACCUCAGCCCCUCGGUCCAAACCCAUCCCUACACCUCCCCCGUGCUCUUCUUCCCCCUCUCCCUCCUCCACUCCCCCUCCCUCCUCUGUAACCACCUCUUUCCCCCUCACCUCAACCCCUCGGUCCAAACCCAUCCCUACACCUCCCCCUCGCUCUUCUUCCCCCUCUCCCUCCUCCACUCCCCCUCCCUUCUCUGUAACCACCUCUUUCCCCCUCACCUCAACCCCUCGGUCCAAACCCAUCCCUACACCUCCCCCGUGCUCUUCGUCCCCCUCUCCUUCCUCCACUCUCCCUCCCUCUUCUGUCAGUGCCCCUCUCUCACUUCCACAAACCCAUGGGCGCAAGUCCUCUCUCGGAUCCCCCUCUCCCCCCUCCUCUUCCCCACCCUCCUCUCCCACUCUUCUUCAGAGCCCCCUAAUAAAGCCCUCCCCUACACCCCCCUCCCCUUACCCUCUAUCUGGGCUCACCCCUAACCCCUCUAAAGCAUUUUCCCCUAUCCAGACUUGUACCCCUACCCCUACCCUCUCUCAACUCUCCAAUCGUCCCUCUACUCCUAUUUCUAUUCCUGUUCCCACUCAGAGCCAAACCCUGACUGCAACCCCCACCCCAGCCUCCACCCCCACCCCAGCCUCCACUCCCACCCCAGCCUCCACUCCCACCCCAGCCUCCACUCCCACCCCAGCCUCCACUCCCACCCCAGCCUCCACUCCCACCCUAGCUCCAACCUCAACCUUGAUUCCCACCCCUUCUUCCAGUAAAGCUCCCACUCCUAUCUCUAUCCCUUCACCUGCCCUUAUGCAAAACCAAACUCUAACCCCAACACCUACCAGUUCUAAAACUCAGGCCCCAACCUCAACCUCAACUCCAACCCCCAAACCUCCCCCUACCCAUACUGCCAAACAUACCCCACAUACAGCCCCUGUUCAAACCUCCACCCAUACUCCAACACCCACAUCUAAGCAUUCUCUUACUCCUGUACCCAUCGCCUCCGAUGCUGCAAUUCAAGCCCCAACAAAAGGCUCAGCCCACACCCCAAAACAGACCCCAGCAGCCCAAACCCUAGUCCAAACACCUGCCCCAAAACCCACUUCUAAAUGUUCUAUUACCCCCACAAUCCCACCUGUACCUAUCCAUACCCCAAAACAAUCCUCCACCCCCAAACCUGCAUCAACCCAUACCUCAAAACAGAGCCAACCUUUAGCUCCUGUCCCCACACCUACCUGUACCCCUUACACCAGUCAUGCUCCAAAGCUGACCACAGCCGUAACACCUGUCCAAACCUCCACUACCACCCUUCCACACACUCAGUUGGUCCCAGGCCCAGCCACCUCCCUCCCUCAAAGCGCUUUCCCCCCAGCCACCUCUGCCCCCUCCGCCUCCCCCAAGGGGGGCAAAAAGGACCCUUAGCUGCCUCAGACAGGGAAAGACUAAUAGGGACUGAGAGAAAAACUGCCUUCCAACAUGUGAUGGUCCUGGAGGAAAUGAUCUGAUUGGAGGAUGGACUUUUCGGGCCAGAUAUACUGUGUAGGUUGUGUCACAAAACACCCCAUGCCCCAAUUAAAGUAGCACACUGUAGGGAAUAGGGUACUGCAGAUUUGAGUUCAACAAACUAUCCUCCAAACAGUCCAUGACUUGCGACUAGGUUUUAACUGUUGUUGCCAACAUCUCAUGCUAAAAUUCUAGAUUCAAACCGAGUUCGGCAGACUCUGUAUAUCUAUGGCUCUGGUGACUAGGGCAGGCUAGAGUAGAAUCACAGUUUUUAUUUGAAGUCCAAACAUAUAGAUACAUAUCUGUGUCAGUGAUUGUUGGAGCAAGCAAGAGAGAUGAAGUGGAAAGAUAAUGGCAGCACACAGUGGGAGGGACGAUACAGCUGUCAGAAAAGACCAGGACGAUGACGACAAAGAUAGCAAUGGGUUCGUUGCAUCUUGUUGCUGAUUGGAGGAGGGUUAGUUGGUCAAUUAUAAGGCGACCAAUAAGAUAGGCACUUCCUGAUUUCCAGCUCCACCUCCCUUUUGCCUCUCGCUCUUCACCAAAGUGUAAUAUUUUGUCAUUAUAUGAUUAAUCAUAGUAUGAGAUUAAUAAUCACUGUAAAGUUAAUCAUCAUAUUGAUCAGUAACUAUAGGAGCGAUUGAUCCACUUGUAGUUUUGUUGUCUAAGUUGUGUGGUGUUUAGCUUCGGUCCAAUAUGUUCACACAACUUCUGGAACUGAAUUGUGUUUUUUGGUGCAACACUUAAUACUGCUCCCUCGUAAACUGUGGAUGUGGGUUUAUUUGUUCCGCCUAGCUUCCUGUAAAUGCAUGCCUCCCUCUCUAUUCCCUCCUUUCUCCUCGUUCCUCACCUCCUCUGGCUCCUGUCUGCUUUCAUCCUGUCUUUCAUCUCCGUCUGUCUGAUCCUCCUUUCAUCUUUCACAGAGCUACUGUUCCAGAGACAUUCACAGAUGCUCUCUACCUCUCUCCAUCUCUGACUUUUCCCUCUCUCUACUGUAUCUCUCCAUCUCUCUCUAUCAUUCCCUCCAUCCAUCCCUCCCUCCCCCUCCUUUCUUCCCUCCCUUGUCCUGGUGUCAUGUCUAGUGCUGUUUGAUGUUUUCUGUGGGUAGCAACAGAGCAUUCCUCUUUCAACCCUUGAUACCAUGUUGCCUAGAUUAUAUUUAAGGACCAAAUGUUUUAUUUGUGAUCACAGCUUUAGCUUUUGAGCAAAAUCAAUGAAAUGAUAGUUGUUGAUGAUGAUGUUAUUGAUGAUGAUGAUGUUAUUGAUGAUGAUGAUGUUAUUGAUGAUGAUGAUGAUGAUGAUGAUGAUGAUGAUGAUGAUGAUGAUGUUAUUGAUGAUGAUGUUAUUGAUGAUGAUGUUAUUGAUUAUGAUGAGGAUGACCAUGAUGAUGGUGACAGUAAGAAUGUUUUUGAUGAUAGCUAGAAUAAAGCACAUUUAGAAAGUCA